GGCUGCCACCCGCCAUUAACCCUGAAUAAGAAGAAGAAGGAGCGGAAGAAGAAAAAAGAACAGCCCAUAAUAAUAGAAAUGGAAACGCAAACAAAAACCCAAAUGCUACCUUUACUCUGCGACAAACGUUCGAGAUAAAAUAUCACCGCCUCUUUGUUUCAGCCUCAGCUCCAUGCGGAUGUUAUCGAUUGUGUGUACAUGACGAAACUGGCUAGCGAUAGCAAUGCUAACGUGAAAGCAAAAUGGGAGACUCGAAGACUGGAACUCCGCGUUCAUCAUUUUAGGCGGAAUUUGUGCCAGUGACUUUUUAGUUGGUCCACGAUUAAAUAAAUCGCGUCUUCAAAAUGAAGUUUACUGAGCAUCUUUCCGCUCACAUCACACCGGAAUGGAGGAAACAAUACAUUCAGUACGAGGCUUUUAAAGAGAUGCUAUAUGCUGCUCAGGACCAGGCCCCAUCAAUAGAAGUCACAGACGAGGACACCGUUAAAAGAUACUAUGCAAAGUUUGAGGAGAAGUUCUUCCAGACGUGUGAAAAAGAACUGGCCAAGAUUAACACAUUUUACUCAGAAAAGCUGGCCGAGGCUCAGCGGCGGUUUGCCACGCUGCAGAAUGAAUUGCAGUCAUCACUUGAUGCUCAGAGAGAGAUUGCAACAAAUGGGAAUGGCCUGCGGAGGAGGAAAACGGUGUUUACCCUAUCACAGCAAGAACGAUGCAAACACAGAAACAUUAAGGACCUUCAACUAGCCUUCUCUGAGUUCUACCUCAGUCUGAUCUUGUUGCAGAACUACCAGAACUUAAAUUUCACAGGGUUCAGAAAGAUCUUGAAGAAGCAUGAUAAGAUUUUGGACACAUCUCGGGGAGCCCACUGGAGAGUUGCCCAUGUGGAAGUGGCGCCAUUCUACACCUGCAAGAAAAUCACACAGCUUAUUUCUGAGACUGAGGCGUUGGUCACAACAGAGUUAGAAGGAGGUGACAGGCAGAAAGCCAUGAAGAGGCUGAGGGUACCCCCUUUAGGAGCUGCACAGCCGGCUCCUGCUUGGACCACCUUUCGAGUUGGACUUUACUGUGGAGUGUACCUCGUCUUAAUGGUCACCGUUGUCAUUACAGGAGCUGUCAUGUUUCCAAUUGCUGACUUUUGGCCAAUGGUCAGGAUCUACAGAGGUGGCUUCCUGUUAAUAGAAUUCCUCUUCCUCUUGGGUAUUAACACCUAUGGAUGGAGACAAGCAGGAGUCAACCAUGUGCUUAUAUUUGAGCUCAACCCCAGGAAUAACCUAUCCCAUCAACAUCUGUUUGAGAUUGCAGGCCUUUUGGGGGUGUUGUGGUGUGUCAGCCUGCUAUCAUGUCUGUUUAGUGACAGCAUUCCGGUGCCAAUGCAGGUCAAUCCUUUGGCUCUUUAUGGCUUCUUCCUCAUCUUCCUCAUCAACCCAUUCAAGACCUGCUACUAUAAGUCACGCUUCUGGCUAUUAAAACUCCUGUUCCGAGUGAUGACCGCUCCAUUCCAUCGUGUUGGCUUUGCCGACUUCUGGUUGGCUGACCAGUUGAACUCUUUGGGGGUUGUUCUCCUGGAUAUGGAGUACAUGAUCUGUUUUUACAGUUUUGAACUCGACUGGAAAAAACACGAUGGGCUAAUCAGGGGUGAAGGUAACGAUGUGUGUAAUUCCUACUCCUAUGGCGUCCGUGCGGUGAUUCACUGUCUUCCUGCUUGGUUCAGAUUCAUCCAGUGCCUUCGUCGUUACCGGGACACCAAAAGGGCCUUCCCUCACCUGGUUAAUGCUGGGAAAUACUCUACUUCCUUCUUUGUUGUAACUUUUGCUGCCCUCUACAGCACACAUAAAGAAUCCUAUGCUGACGCCCACAUCUUCCUCUACCUGUACAUCACAUGUUUAGUUGUCAGCUCAUUUUACACAUUGGUCUGGGAUCUCAAGAUGGACUGGGGCCUUUUCGACCGCAAUGCCGGAGAAAACACCUUUUUGAGGGAGGAAAUAGUCUACCCACACAAGGCCUACUACUACAGUGCCAUUGUGGAGGACGUGCUCCUAAGGUUCUCCUGGAUUCUCACCGUCUCCCUCAGCACCAUGUCCAGCUUUCACGGCAUCUCCGACAUCCUGGCCACCACAUUGGCCCCCAUGGAGGUCUUUCGGCGCUUCGUUUGGAACUUCUUCAGACUGGAGAACGAGCACCUGAACAACUGUGGCGAGUUCAGGGCCGUCAGGGACAUCAGCGUGGCGCCCCUGAACGCCGACGACCAGACCCUGCUGGAGCAGAUGAUGGACCAAGAGGACGGCGUCAGGAACCGGGCGGGAAAGAAGAGCUGGAAACGCAGCUACAGCAUGAGUCUACGCAGGCCCAGACUUGCCUCGCAAUCCAAGACCCGUGACACUAAAGUUCUGAUCGACGACACAGAUGAAGACUCCUGACAUCAGGCCACGCCCCUUGCCUGGGUCCAGAAUUUGUUUAAAGGAGGGAACUCUUCCUCCUAACAAGGAACCCGCGAGUUGGGCGUAGACUUUGGAACAUUCUCACCCCUCCACACACUUUGUGAACGCAUGAAAGCAACAACUCUUCCUUCACUUCCUACACAAACCUUACCUGGCCCAAGUCCUCCGCAGACCUGGCAGGACUUGCUGCUGUUCAGGUACAAGACAACUUCUACACUUCAGGAGGAGGUCACGUGACCAACAUGGCCGCACAAUGCGCACACAAGAAGAAGAAUGCAACUUUUUUCUGUUCCACUCCAACUCCCUAUGGACUUGGAAGGACUCGACUCGUUUGAGAAAACAAUUAAUUGUAACGCUGUUGACAAUAGAACAGGUGUGUCCUAACCUUUGGGUGGGGGCGGAAAGUCCACAGCAUGUAAAGUAACUAUAUAUAUAUAUAUAUAUAUAUAUAUAUAUAUAUACACAUAUACAUGUGUAUAUAUUCUACAUAUAAUACAUAUAUAGUAACAUAUAUGAUAGUAAUAUAUAUAUAUAUUUUACAAUAUAUGUAUAUUUUAUAUGUAUGUGUAUUAUAAAAUGUAUAUAUACUUUUUAUUUAUAUUUUCUUAUAUACAUAUUUUAUAUGAUAUCUAAUAUGCAUUAUGUGUAUAUAAUAAAAUAUAUAACUAACAUAUAUGAUAUAAUAUAUAUAAUGGAUGUAUAAUUAAUGAUUAAUAUAAUUUAAUAUUAAGAGUAUGUGAAAAGUUUUGUAAUCAAUCAAAAGUAUCAAGCAGCUAAAAUGCGGCAAACAUGGAAAAAUGUGGAAAGAGUGGCAUUUUUCCCAUCAUGCUUUGUAAUGUAUUUGUCUAAUGUGUGUCAAUUUUAUUCAUGUAUAGUAUGUGGACAUUUUUUUUAUCACAUCCACAAAGUUCAGUGAGCAAGUUGUUACAUGUGUUGACUUUUUGUGUUAGUUUAUCUGCAGCAUGAGUGGGAAAGGUUGUUUGGAUUGGGUCAUACAGGUACAUGCUGUGCUGUGUAGUAAAAUCCACAGUCAUCAACCUGACACCCUCAUGUUGUCCACAUGGGCGGCCGAAGUUGCGACAAUCGGACGGUCAGAUAUUUGAAGUGAAGUUAGGACUCCUCGUGACAUCUGGCGGGCCACACUUGGCCUGCGGGCCGUAGUCUGGACACCCCUGGAUUAGAAGGUGGACCAAAGUAGAUUGUGUUGAAGACAAUGACUAAAUGUUGUGUACAGUUCUUGUAGAUCCAGAAGUCAUAUUGUCACUAGUUCCUGAAGUCGUGGACACAAUCCUCUUCAGGACUGUUGUGUUGUUUGCCAACUUCUCCCACGUGGAUCUCAACUCGCAACCUCUCAGUCACUCUUUGGUUUACUUCAAUUAAAUACGGACCAAGUUUGAUGUUUUCCUGGUGAGGUCUGUCAUUGAUGAAAGGCUUCAAGGGAGAAUGUUCUAGUUCUUAAAGGGGCCAUCGCGUACUUCCUGUUAUAUGUUCAUCAACUUGUGCUUUAAUAAAACCUACUCUUUUGUUUUAGGAACCUUCA